UUUGGGGCCGAGUUCCGACGGUUCUCGUUGGACCGUCACAAGCCUGGGAAGUUCGAGGACUUCUACAAGCUGGUGGUGCACACCCACCGCCUCACCAACACCGACGUGACCAUCGGCUACGCGGACGUCCACGGUGACCUGCUGCCCAUCAACAACGAUGACAACUUCUGCAAGGCGGUCUCCAGCGCCAGUCCCCUGCUCAGGGUCUUCAUCCAGAAACGAGAGGAGGCCGACCCCUACAGCUUCGGGGCGGGCACCCUGUCGCGGAAGAAGAGGGUGCUGGUGGCUCUGCGGGACGAGGGCCUGCGCCGGCGUGCACAGCUCAGCAUCGGCAUGCCCCACGACUUCCGCCCUGUGUCCUCCAUCAUCGACGUGGACAUCCUGCCGGAGACGCACCGUCGCGUGCGGCUGUUCCGGCAUGGCUGCGAGAAACCACUGGGCUUCUACAUCCGCGAUGGCACCAGCGUGCGCGUGACUCCACAUGGGCUGGAAAAGGUCCCAGGCAUCUUCAUCUCCCGCAUGGUGCCUGGGGGCCUCGCAGAGAGUACCGGGCUGCUGGCCGUGAACGACGAGGUCCUGGAGGUGAACGGCAUCGAGGUGGCCGGGAAGACGCUGGAUCAGGUCACGGACAUGAUGAUCGCCAACAGCCACAACCUCAUCGUCACAGCACCACCAGCCACCACAGCCUGCCGGCCGCCCACGCCCUGCACAACAUCCACCCCGACGAAAUGGAGAGCGACGAGGAGGUGGACAUCGUCAUUGAGGGGGCUCCCGAGCCACCACGUGUGCCUAGGGCACAAGGCACACCCGCAGGUAGCCUCUCCCGGGUCAAUGGCGCCGGCCUGGCCCACAGACUGCAGCGGGACCUGGCCCUGAGCGGGGCAGGGCGGGACAGCGCCGGCAGCAUGCACCGGCUGCUCAGCUCCCUGAAGGCGGACCCCCGCCACGGCCUGGCCCUGCCCCCGGGCGGCGUGGAGGAGCACGGGCCGGCCCUGACGCUCUAGCAGACGCUGGGGUGUCCCGGGAGGUGGGAGCUGAUGGACAGACUCCAGGAGGACAGGUUCCACGGGGACAUGUUUUUAAAUUCUUAUUCCAAUUUUAAAGUAAGAAAAAUAA